AGUCACAUAAUUGGCUUUUCAGCUGUUUUUUAUGAUGUGAAUGGUCAGUAAGCUCACCGACAGCAAUGCCAUGUUGGUGGAUGUUGCUUAUGCAGCUGCUCGACAAUAGAGCUUCACUCCACAGCCACUAACUACAUCAAUAUCAGUUUCCAUUUGAAAUGAUCGUAAAUAUUGAUUAUUUCCUUGUCAAUCAUUUGUGGGUAUGAAUUUCUUAGUUAAUGUUUCUAUGUUGUCUGGCAGACUUGUUUUGUCGGCGUUUGGGAAAUUUCUUUGCAAUUGGUGGCUAAUUAGCCAGUCACAUAUAGCCAGAGAUGGCUUCUGUUUUGUGUGAAUGUUCAGUAAGCUCACCGAAAAUGGAUCCUGCUUACCGACCAAGCUUAAUGCAAAAAGACAGUGGUGUUUCUGGUGUUCUUCCAUUUUCCGGGUCAGACUUGGUUUUGAGUCCUUCCCAAUGGAGCAGUCAUGUCGUCGGAAAGGUUAGCUCAUGGAUUGACUUAGAUUCAGAAGAUGAGAUCCUCCGGUGCGAUUCAGAAACUACUUUGAAGCAAGAGAUAGCAUGGGCUUCUCAUUUGUCCCUGCAGGCAUGCCUUCUUCCAGCUCCAAAGGGGAAAUCCUGUGCUAAUUAUGCUCGAUGUGUAAAUCAGCUUUUACAGGGCCUAAGCAGUACGCAGUUGUGGUUGCGGCUUCCAUUGGUUAGGUCAGACAGUGAAACCAUGGAUGUGAACACUGAUUCCUUGGAUGAUUCUUGGGAGAUUUGGAAUUCAUUUCGUCUGCUAUGUGAACAUCAUAGUCAGUUAUCAGUUGCUCUUGAUGUUUUAAGUUCACUACCUUCUGUAAACUCUCUUGGACGCUGGUUUGGGGAAUCUGUUAGAGCAGCCAUAUUCAGUACUGAUUGCUUUCUAACAAAUGCCCGAGGCUAUCCAUGUCUGUCAAAGCGCCACCAGAAUCUUGUUCAUGGGCUUUUCAAUCAUUCUAUGCAGAUAGUUCUAUCAGGAGAACCAGUGCAUAGUCUUCCCAAGAUAAAUUCACAUAUAGCUGCCAAUGAUAAUGAUAAUAAUGUUGAUGGUGUCCAGAAACAUCCGUUGAGGCUGUAUUUGGAUUAUGUUGGCUAUCUCUACCAGAGGAUGGAUCCCCUUCCGGAGCAAGAACGGCUGGAGAUUGGUUACAGGGAUUACUUGCAGUCACCCUUACAGCCUCUCAUGGAUAAUCUAGAAGCUCAAACCUAUGAGACAUUUGAGAAGGACACAAUGAAAUAUAUUCAGUACCAAAGAGCAAUUUGUAGAGCUUUACAGGACAGGGUUCCAGAUGAUAAGGCAUCUUCAGUAACUACCGUAUUGAUGGUUGUAGGAGCAGGACGUGGACCUCUUGUAAGGGCAUCAUUGCAGGCAGCUGAAGAAACUGGGCGCAAGCUUAAAGUCUACGCUGUUGAAAAAAAUCCAAAUGCAGUUGUUACACUUCAUAGCUUGGUUAAACUGGAGGGGUGGGAAAACAUUGUUUCCAUAAUUUCAUGUGAUAUGCGUCACUGGGAUGCUCCAGAGAAAGCUGACAUUUUGGUUAGUGAAUUGUUGGGUUCUUUUGGUGAUAACGAGCUGUCUCCUGAGUGCCUUGAUGGAGCCCAGAGACUAUUGAAGGAUGAUGGAAUCUCGAUACCUUCAUCGUACACGAGUUUUAUCCAACCAGUGACUGCUUCAAAGCUUUACAAUGAUGUUAAGUCGCACAAAGAUAUUGCACACUUCGAAACUGCUUAUGUUGUUAAAUUGCACAACAUUGCAAGACUUGCUCCUCCUCAACCUGUGUUCACGUUUGAUCAUCCAAAUCGCUCAACUGACAAAAGCAAUAACCAGCACACGAAGUUGCAGUUUGGAAUAACAAGUGAUACUGGCUCAGCCAUGAUUCAUGGAUUUGCUGGCUAUUUUGAUGCAACACUAUACAAAGAAGUUCAUCUUGGCAUUGAACCAUCAACAUCAACACCAAACAUGUUUAGCUGGUUCCCAAUAUUUUUCCCACUAAGGAUACCAAUUACGCUUAGUCCUGGCGCUUCUCUUGACGUACAUUUUUGGCGGUGUUGUUGUCCUACCAAGGUUUGGUACGAAUGGUGCGUGGCAUCGCCCUCCACUUCGCCAAUUCACAACAGCAACGGACGUUCAUACUGGGUUGGGCUCUAGUAGCCCGGCGAUUUUGUUCAUUACAAUCUAGGUGGAAGCUGAUAUUGUUCCAUACGUAAUACGGGUUCAGUGGUUGAUCUGUCCUACAACUACUCUCGACAUCUACGCCCAUUGAAAUUCAGGGUUCAGGGUUUAGCGGUGUGAACUAGUUUUGGUGCCCCCGCCGCAGAAGGGGGCAAAAAUUUCACUCGAGUUCCUUUGUACGUAGAAUACAU